CUACCUAUUGGAAAUGCCUGAGAAAUUUCUUCUGACACGCUGCUCAUUCGUACAGACCAUUUUGAAUGCCCUCAACUCUUGACUCGCAUUAACUUUUGUCAUUUGUUUUUGAUCAACACCCCUCUUUCUGUCUUCUCACUCUGUUCGGUUUCAGUUUUAACUGAAUUGAAAUGGCUUCCUCUUCCACACCCAGGCAAAAUCAAAUUCAAUCAGAAAAUGCUUUUGAUCAGAUUGCACCUUGUUCUGCACCUAAAUCUUCAGAGCCGUGGGACAUAUUCAUUAACCAUCGUGGACCUGAUGUCAAAAAAACAUUUGCCGCUGACAUCCAUCGUAAACUUGAUUCCAUGGGAUUGCAUGUUUUUCUAGAUGUGGAAGCCCUUGAGGCUGGCGAUUCUAUUCCAGCAGAGAUACAACACGCCAUAACUAGUGCUAACCUUCAUAUUGCCAUUUUUUCUCCCAACUAUGCCCAAUCCCCAUGGUGUUUGGCCGAGCUAUCUUUCAUGCUCAAAACUGGUCAAAAAAUCAUUCCCAUUUUUUAUCAUAUUGAUCCCUCUGAUGUCAGAUUUAUAAAAGGAAAAUAUGCCCAUGCAUUCUCAGAGCAUGAAAAGAAGGGCAGAUACACAACCGAAAAGCUUGAUGAGUGGAAGGGGGCACUCUGCAGCAGUUCAUUGCUAUCAGGCUACCUGGUCAGCAAUAAUGAGGAUGAGGCCACAGUUUUGAAGAGUAUUGUGAAUUGUGCAUUGAAAAUCAUGAAAAAAACUCCAUUAUGGGUAGCCGAGCAUCCACUUGGAUUAGAUGAACUGGUACAGGGGUUCGAAUCAGUUGCAAGAGAAGAGACAGUAGACAUCAGGGGGAUCGUGGGCAUGGGAGGUAGUGGUAAAACCACAUUGGCCAAAGAGCUCUUCAACAGAAACCUUUCUUUAUUUGGAAGAUGCAGCUUUGUUUUCGACGUGCGAGAUGCAGCAUCCAGAAAAGCUCUGCCUGACAAACAGAAAAAGCUCCUGGCUGACCUCGGUGUUCGUCAUGAGCCGUUCGACCAUGUAGAUGAAGGCAAGGUCUUUCUCGCAGAUCAUUUGAGCUCUCAUCAGGUACUUAUUGUUUUGGACGACGUGGAUCACAUCGACCAGCUGAAUACUUUACUGCCAAAUAAAGACAAGCUUGGAUCCCAUAGUCUGGUUAUUGUAACUACCCGCGAAUUGGAUGUCCUCAUAUCAUGGGGUCUCUCCCUCCCCUGUAUUUAUAGAAUGCCAGGACUUAACAGGUCACAUGCCGAGCAGCUAUUCUGCUGGCACGCUUUCUUGCAACCCUCUCCACCUCCUGAAUUUGGAACCCUGGUUGAAGAGUUCUUAAAGGCUUGCGAUGGUUUGCCUCUGUCACUGAAGGUAAUGGGUGCACAGUUAUAUGGCAGAAAGUCUAAAGAUUAUUGGAAAUCCCAAUUACGUAAAAUCUUAAAAAAAUUGCCUGGCGAAAUCCAACAAAGGCUACAAGUUAGCUAUGAUGCGCUUGAUGAAGAACAGAGGGAUAUGUUCUUGGAUGUAGCUUGUUUUUUCAUUGGAGAAGAGAAAGAGAGGGCUAUAGCAGUGUGGGAUGGAUCGGGUUGGAUUGGUCUGCAUGGGUUUGAAACACUCCUGAAUAAGUGUCUUGUGGAGCUGGUUGAGGAGCCAGUGUACAGGGUUCUUGAAUUUGUCGUGGAAAAGAGAAUGGAAAAGAGAAUAAGGAUGCAUGAUCACCUUAGGGAUAUGGGAAGAGAGAUUGCAAGCAGACACUCACCAUAUCGUCUUUGGUGUCCACAGCAGAUUGAUAAGCUGAAACAGUCCACGAAAAGAGAGCCGAUCAGAGGGAUACAACCUGCAGAUUCUUUUGUGGCGUUCAAAAAGUACACGCAGCAGUUGAUGGGAAACUCAAUCAGACGAUCUAAGCGCCUUCGAUUCUCAGAUGGAUUACAAAUUCUUUCCGUGAGAGGAAGCGAGUUUACGGAAGAAUUUGCAACAUUAUCAGAAGACCUUGUGAUGCUUGUUUGGAAAGAUUUCCCCCUAAGCCAUGUUCCAUCAUGGCUUACAUUAAAAAAUCCAAGGGUUUUAGAGCUUGAUGGUGCUGAUGAGUUGGAAGAACUAUGGCAGAACAAUUCAGAUCCUCCUUUGCAAUUGAGUGAACUUAUUUUAAGGAAUUGUCGAAAAUUGCAAUGGCUUCCAAGCUCGAUAAGACGUCUUCACCAUCUGAAGAGGCUUGUCGCUCACUUUCCUGGUAGCAGUUUGACAGUGGAGUGCUGGGGCCUCCAAUCACUCGAGAAUUCGCGAUUAUACGCGCCAUUUCUAUCUUCACUACCUGAUGGUUUUGACGAUUUCACAAGCUUGAGGAAUAUAGAUCUGCACAAUUGCAAGCGGUUGAAUAUGUUGCCCGAUUCUUUCAGUCAGCAGAAACACUUGAUAAAUCUAAAUUUAUCAAACUGUGAAACGCUGUCAUCACUACCUGAUGAUUUUGGCAAUUUAACGAGCUUGAGGAGUAUAGAUCUGGGGUAUUGCAAGGGGUUGAAGAUGUUGCCCGCUUCUUUCAGUCAGCUGUUACACCUGACAGAUCUAUAUUUAUCAAACUGUGAGCAGAUAGAAGAACUUCCAAGCUUUGCAGAUUUGCCUUCGCUGAAGAGUUUUAUAAUGUGGGAUUGCCCCAAAGUUGAGAAAAUAGAAGGUUUGGAACAUGCAAAGUCGUUGAACAAAUUGUGGGUUGAGACCCGGUGGAAGGUGCCAGGUAUACAGGGUUUGGAGAAUGUGGAACGAUUACACCUGAAAUGCGAGACCAUAUCAGCUCUGAAACCUUGUAUUCAAUCUAUAAAGGGGAAGGAAAGUCCAAGGAGUGUGUGGAUACAAGGUGGCGUUAACCAUUCGAAGGAGUCAAUUGUAAACACUUUGGAAUUGGAGUUUUCUGACCUUAAGAAGGUCGUCUGGGAUGAUGAUGAUUGGGAUGGACUCAGCGAUGAUGAUGAUGAGAAUAUAAUCAGCGAUCAUUAUGAUGAUGAUGAUGAUGAUGAUGGACUCAGCGAUGAUGAUGAUGAGAAUAUAAUCAGCGAUCAUUAUGAUGAUGAUGAUGAUGAUGAUGAUGAUGAGAAUAUAAUCAGCGAUCAGUAUGAUGAUGAUGAUGAUGAUGAUGGACUCAGCGAUGAUGAUGAUGAGAAUAUAAUCAGCGAUCAUUAUGAUGAUGAUGAUGAUGAUGAGAAUAUAAUCAGCGAUCAGUAUGAUGAUGAUGAGAAUAUAAUCAGCGAUUAGUAUGAUUAUGAUGAUGAUGAUGAUGAUGAGAAUAUAAUCAGCGAUCAUUAUUUGUAUUAUGCAGAGAAAGAGAAAGAAAAGAGCAAAGUGGUAUGUAUAUGGUAUUCACUUUGUCCACCUGGGGGCCAUUUUUUGCGAACAAACGAAGCAAUAGUAGUGUACGGCGAGAAACAAAGAGUUGCGGAGGCCUUUCACCAAUUAUUGGAACUUCUGUAAUAAUUGGCAGGUGCACAAAUGUAUUGUGAGUUGCAUAUCUUAAAGUUUGGUGGACAGCUAUCUAAGAAUUUUUUAAAACAACAGCUGCAGAUAUAAUAAUUGUUUUACAUUCAUAAAAUUAAAUUUUCUUUAUUCAAUAUAAUUAUUAAAUAUGUAUAGGGUAAAUGUUUUCAUUCUUAUGUAAAAAGAUUAAAUGUUAGAGAUUUAAUAUAUUAAUAGUAAUUCUUUUGUUAGUCAUUCUUUAUUUUUAAUA